CGGGAGCGACCCGGAGCUGCAGGGAAUGGCCGGGGCGGGCGGAGGAGGGAGCUCGGAUUCCUGGGGCUCAGCCGCGGCCACGGCGCUGGCAGCGCCCGAACGGGCCCGGCCGGCCUUGCCCAGCACUGCCGGGCGCGCCCCCCGCUGCAGCCCUGGAUUCCGCUCCAAAUCACGAGUGUCCUCAACCGAAAUAAGGAUGAGUUAGGUUUCAUCCCAAAAAAGCUCAAGAUGCCCGGUAAGGGAGUAGGGGCGAGGACUUGAAUUGCAAGGAAAUGAGAUCCCCAGCACUUAGUAAGCAGGUGUAAGGACUGCAGCACUGGAAACGAAACACCAGUUUUUUGGAGUUCACAUGGAAAGUGGUGACAAACCAGGAGAACAAUUGCACAUGAUGCUGUUGGCUGGAACAGUAGCUUGAAUCUUUCUGAACUAUGCCAAGAAAAAGAAAGCUGUUGGCUCAGUUAAGUACUCUUCAAAACACCAGCAGCUUCCCUCAGAUCAAUGCCGUGGAGCAGCUGAACACUACACCUGGAGCAGAUCCUUCUCCAAAAAGCAGCAAAUAUUUUGCAAUAGAGAAAAAAAAUUCUCCUCAGCUACAAGAAGAUUUUUUCAACCAGCCCUGUGUUAGUCUGGCCAAGUCCUUUCUGGGGCAGAUUUUAGUUCGCAAACUUCCUGAUGGCAGAGAGCUCUGGGGCAGGAUUGUUGAAACAGAAGCUUAUCUGGGUGGGGAAGAUGAAGCUUCCCACUCAAAAGGUGGGAAGCAAACACAACGGAACGCAGCAAUGUUCAUGAAACCAGGAACUCUGUACGUGUAUCAGAUCUACGGGAUUUAUUUCUGCAUGAAUGUUUCCAGCCAAGGAGAAGGGGCUGCAGUGCUGCUGCGUUCCUUGGAGCCUCUGCAGGGCUUGGAUGCCAUGAGGGAGCUGCGCAGGGCCUCCAGGAAAGCACCCACCCGGCUGCUCAAGGACUGGCAGCUCUGCAAUGGGCCCUCCAAGCUCUGCCAGGCUUUUGGCAUCGACAAGGCUUUUGACCAAAGGGACCUGACUCAGGAUGCUGCCAUCUGGAUGGUGCCUGGACAGGACCCGCCGGGGGAGCAGGACGUGGUGGCCACCACCAGGAUUGGCAUUGGCAACAGGGGAGAGUGGGCACAGAAACCACUCAGGUUUUAUUUACGAGGAAACAGAUUUGUGAGUGUUGUAGACAAGAAAAUAGAGAGAGAGAUGGCAGCAAGAGGACACUCACCUGGCAGCUGACAAGUCUUGCAAGUGUCCCGGGGACCAGGACUUGAGCUGUGCUCUGUACAGUGGCCUCAAGCUGCAUCAGGGCAGAUAGAGGGGCUUGGGGGGUUUUUAACAAUAAAUGUACUUUGUCACAAUGAA